CAAAGUCCGCGGACAGGAUCCCUUUUUUAAAGACUUCUAGAAAACGUUAUAGCAACUCCAUUUCAGCCAAAUACGAGGGAUCAUUGCGACUUGAGCAUCUGCGAACGGUGUCCAUUGCGAGUAUGUACGUCUGACCGUCAGCAUGACAGUUAGUGGCGCUCAUCAGGUUUUGCUCGUUCUCUUCUUGCUUUCAUUCUUUGCCACCGGAGGUCUGGGGCUCCUGUCGGAUUACAAAUUGUGUGGGGAUCCUGAGUGUGAAAGUUUGUUAAGCCGGGUGCAGGCCAUUCGAGACUAUAAGGGACCAGAUUGCCGCUUUCUACAUUUGAAGACGGGAGAUGUUAUUUUUGUGUAUCAUAAGCUCUCUGGGAAAAGGUCAGACCUGUGGGCUGGCAGUAUGGGCAAGCUGUUUGGUUACUUCGCAAAGGAUGCUGUACGAACAGAAGAACUAUAUGCACCCAAAGAAAUUCAGAUUCCAACAAAGGAUGAGGACUUUUUGUGUGUUGAUGGAAGCAUGCCUUCAAUGGAAAAUGAGGAUGAAUGGGAGGCAGAAGACAUACAGAACUCAGAAUCUCAAACAUCCGCGUUAGUUUUGGAUAUUGCUGCUGAAGGUCAUGUCAGUAGUUCAAGUCACGAUGAAGACUUUAGCUCAAAGGAAAGAAGUUCUGUACUUGUUCAGCAUAAUGAGGAUAAUAAAGAAAUGGAAGUCUCUGAACAAAGUGGAUCUUCCUGGCUUGGAUCUGGAUUUACUAACUGGCUUGGAUUUGGAGAACAAAAGGGUCAAGAGGCAAAGCCUGAAAUAACACAAGAAGACUCAUUUAAAGGCAGGAAAAUUGCAUUGGAUUUAAGUGAUAACAUACGUGAAGAUGACAUUGUGGAAAUAAUGGAAACUAAAAAGCCUGAUCCGAUUGAUAAUGGAUUAUCUAGUGUUUUAAAUUUUGACAAAAGGGAGACGGUGCAGUUGGAAGACACCAAAAAUGUCAUGCCCCAGAAAAAUGAUAAAAUGGGCAAAAUAAAUACCGUAAAAGAAGGAGAGGAGAGUACGUUUAAAAAAGAUAAUCAGCAACUACAUAUGGGACAAGAGUCUAGUUCUUCUAGUUGGAUUCCAUUCAGCAUAAGUAAGGUUUUAAGCUUAAGUAGGGAAACAGAUGAUAGACAGACCCAUGAAAAGAAUGAGAAUAUUAAACGUGAUCAUGGAGAAGAUGUGGAGAAAGUAUUGGAUGAAAAAAAACAAGAGAAAAAGAUCAGCGAGGACAGCAUUGUUCAGGAUCAUAAUGACACCAUUAAGGGCCACGACCAUGUACAUGCUGAAAAGGAGGAGCCAUUACCUUAUAUGCAGAAUGGAGAGCAACUCUCUCCAAACUUUGUGUCAGAGAAUAAGAAAAAUGAACCAGCAUCAAUUCAGGAAGACCAAAUGAAGGAUGAACAAAAUAAAGAAGAGGAAAAAUCAGAUGAAAACAUCCCAGGCUGCAUCAGGGAAGCUUGCCAGGAGACAAGAAAAAACAUAAAAGCAGAUAAGUAUGAGCAAGCCAGAGAGCAAAGCCAAUCAGCGGCAGAAGUGCUGAGCUGGAAAGGGCACCCCGAGACUAAAAGCACCGUCACUCCCAUCGUACCACAUACACGAGACAUGUACACUUCUCUAAACACCAUAAAAGAAGGUGGAAUGGCCAUUCUUAAGUCACUGCAAGCAUCUCGUCUUUAUCAGCCAUUCCGAUUAUGUCUUGAAUCAUUUGGAAAACAGGCUGUAUCGGCUCUUCCUGAGGACAUGAGGCCUGGUCCAGACCUGUAUGGAUUCCCUUGGGAAGCAGUGAUAAUAACAGCAUUUAUUGGAAUAGUAACUGCUCUUCUUUUUCUCUUUAGAUUUUGUCAAUCAAUCAAAAGCAGAUUAUAUGCUGGGAGAGAGAAGCAGCUUGGUGCCAAAAUAUCAGAAUUACUUGAAGAAAAAUGUAGCAUUCUUGAAACACUUAGUGAAUGCACACAGCAGUACAAGAAACUUGAAGAUGUAUUGAGCAAUGGUGGCCUUAUAGAUCAAGUAAAUGAGAAGGAAAACAUGCAGGCUAUGUGUUUGAAACUUGAACAGUCAAACACAGAUAUGACAGAUGAAAUCAAGCGAAUAAAUGUAGAUUUGAAUAUUCAGAAAUCUACAAGGACACAACAGAAUCAGCUGCUUGAAGAAAUGCUUACAUCUUUGAAAAGUUUGGAAAAAGAAGCAGAAAGCAUAAAAUCUGAAAUAGAGCAGACACACACUACUUUGAAAGUGUAUGAGAUAAGUAGUGUUAAGCUUCAUACAAAUCUUCAAGCAGCAAAAGAAGAGAAUUUGCAUCUUAAAGAGAGUGAAGCACAGCUCUUCCAGGAAGUUGAAGGAUGGGGUGAACGUCUUGGCGAACUGACCGAGCAAAUUAAAAUAUGUGAGAUGUCACAAAAAGAGAUGCAGGAGGAUUGUUCGAACAAGGAAUGUCAAAUAAAGAGUCUUACGGAUUGCUUACUGAAAAUGAAGGACUGGCAUUCUGAAAUAGAGGAAGAAAUAGACGGAGACAAGAACACAGAAAUGGAAAAUGAAGCACAUUCAGCAGAUGAUCAAAAACAGAAAAUAGAAAAACUGAUUCAUGCUGCUAAGAUGAAUGCAGAUUUGAAAUCUGUUGAUGAAGACAAGAAUCAAUUGUUGGCCAGACUUAACGAUGAAAUGAAAGCUAAAGAUGAUCUCCAAGAGCGCAUUGAUGAGCUUCAAAACAAUAAAGACUUUCUUCUUGCUAGAAGUUCUGAGUAUACCACAGAAAUAGAAAAACUGCAGCAGAAACUUCAGAUAAUGACAGAGAUGUACCAAGAAAAUGAACUAAAACUGCACAGAAAGCUGACUAUUGAGGAAAAAGAGAGGAUGCAAAAAGAAGAGAAGCUAACUAAAGCAGAUGAGAAAAUCAGCCUUGCAGCUGAGGAGCUGAACAGCUAUAGACUGAGAGCAAAAGAAUUGGAUGAAGAACUUGACAGAACUAACCAGUCAUAUAAAAAUCAGAUCGCUUCCCAUGAAAAGAAAGCGCAUGAUAAUUGGCUGGCUGCACGAGCAGCUGAAAGAGACCUUACUGAAAUUAAGAGAGAGAAAGCACAUCUUAGGCAAAAGCUGACAGACGCUCAGUUUAAAUUGGAAAUGAUACAGAAGGAUCCGUAUGCCUUGGAUGUUCCAGGAAUGCAUCCAUUUAGAGGUGAGAGAUCUCCAUUUGGACCUUCACCUCUGGGAAGACCUGCCUCUGAAACAAGAGCUUUUCUGUCCCCUCCAACUCUGGUGGAUGGACCACCAAGAAUUUCUCCCCAAUUUCCAGCUGGACCAGGGGGUAGAGCAUCGAGAGAGCCACAAAUUCUUGCAGAUCAUCCCAUGCUUAGUGAAGGCGUGGACCCAAACUCUGAAAGGAUUUUGGAUAACCGCAGCACACAUUCUGACAGUGGAUCAUUAUCUCCUACAUGGGACAGGGAUCGGAGGGUCCAUGUGCCUCCUCCACCAGGGUACCCAUACAUCGAUCCAAUGCUCCCUUUCAGAAGACCCCCUUCUGGACGAUUGUCAGGACCUGCUGAAAUCAGAGGCUUCAUUCCACCUUCAGCAGAUAAGAUUGAUGAGCCUGACGUGAACAUUUCAGAAGACUCGGGGAACAACAUGAUAACAGAAAUAACAGAUCCUCCUGCACCCAUCCCUGGAGGACCUUUACAUCCACCAGAAGCCGACUUAAGAAUUGGCCCUGGAUUUGGACCUCCUGUAAUAAGACCCCCGCUGGAUCCCAGAGGACAAUUUAUACAUGGUGGCCGAUACGGGCCUCCAGAGUUUUUACCAGUAAGGGGCCCAGUUCCCAUUCUGCCAAGGGGGCGUCCCCCUCUUCUACCUGGAAUGUUUCCAAGAUUUCCAUUUCUCCCACCUGGCCAUGGAUACCCUCCAUUGCGGCCUCCUAUGGAUGGUGGCAGCGGACUGCCAUACAGGCCAUCUCCUCCAGCUGAUGAACAGACUGAAAACUAGCUGCUGUAUAGGAAAAACAAAAAUGUGAUCGAAGUGCUUGAUGGUAGAUCAUCUGGAAGACCAUUGCAUUUCAGGAUGUGAACAUGCAGGCCCAAUGUUGAGGCCAAUACCGCCAUGUGUCGCAGCACUGUGAGCCUGCACUGCUGCGGAGUGUGUCUCGGUGGCAUUUAUUGAGCAUAUCCGUGUGGCAGGAGAAGCAGCUGGCACUUGACUUUGUGUAGUUAUACGGUACAAGAUGGUGGUGCUCACUUUCAAGUUGAAUAAAUGUUAGCUGCAAUUAGAUUUUAACACCUUCAUGAAAUCUUUUUUACAAAACAAGUCGUCUUCUUCUUGUAAAACGCUUUCAGUACUCAGGAUUUUAGUAACAAAUGUAUAUAAGUGAAUAUUGUGAAUAACGUCGGUGACCAAUGUACAGAGAGAGUCUUCGUUUUACAAGUAGCUUCCUGUUAUGAACGCUUUGGUUUACUAGAGUACAGCAGAAAUGGCGAUGUUGGCAUGUUUCUAACCUGGACGUCUUAACCAACUGUCCACAUUGUGAUUAAGUGUAUAUUUAUUUAUAAAUCUUGAACCUGAGCCAUGAGCUAACUGCUUUGUCGCUGCACAGGAGAGGAGCUGGGGUUGCAUUAAAAAUGAGAGAAGACCGCGGAGCUGCUCUGUCACUUUGUUUUGGGCAUUUCUGAGACUGAAGCUGGUUUUCAAAAAGCUGAUCGUUAUCUGCCGCCUUGUUUGUUUGUUUUGUUUUUUGAUUUUUAUGUAAUAAACAGUGACUGUACAAAGAAACACACUAGAUGGAUGGAGAACGACUCGUCUUAGUCCAUUUUACUAUUUCAAUAAACUGCAUAUUUAAACAUGCCAUAGCAUCACAUCAUACAGGGUGGUCCAGAUUGUCUGGAUGACUUUGAUUUAUGUGGGGACGAUUCCAGUUUGACGUGAUGACGAUUCUUCAUGUCGUCGGUUCACACACUUCUCGAUGGUCCAGGAUUUUUCAGGCGAUUUUCUACGUGAUAAACUUAAUAAGCUGUAGCGAAAUGAAAACUGCAUAAUUAGAUCUGGAGCAACCUAUAGUUCCAUUGGCCUAAGUAAGUAAGACAAUCCUGGGUUUGAGGUGUAGAAAUAAUUUUAAACGUAUACUUUGAUUUCAUGUCCCCCCCCAUUCUUUGCUCGGGAAACUCUGCAACCUCAAUGGACACUUGAAAUGUGUGUGAGUUUGAAUUGACUCAAAAUUACGAAACAUCAGUAGUGUUCUGUUCUAAUUCGGGCGUCCUCCAGUUCAGUCCUGUGGGGUUGGGGUGGCAGCAGGUUUUGAUUCCCACCCAGUUUAAUUAGAUUAAUUCUUUGCCGUUCACUCUGCCAGGCAAGGUCGUUCUUAGAUUGUAGAUUUGUUCUUUUGACAGUGCCCCCUGAACAGGGCUAUGAUGUGGAGGAGAGCGAUACUUCUCAGUCCUUCACUUUUUUUUUUUCACUUCCAUCUCAGUUCUAAAUAUUAAUAAAACAUAAAAUGUCUUGAUGAAGACACACAGGCUGAUUUGGCAUCUGCAUCUCAUUGUGAAUUAGCACCUGGUUAAGAGAACAGGACGCCAUUGAAAAGGGAGAGUUCACAACUAGCCGAAGGUAUUGAGAGCGAGGGAACUAAAGUGAAGCACAAAAAACUGGGUUAAUAUUCAAGCACUGUGGCCUUCCAGGACUGAGCUUGAGGACCCCAGGCUAACCCAUGGAUGUUAGCAGAAGCCUGGCCUCUUUUUUAACUGUCACUUGUUUAUUCAGUUUUUAGAAUGAAGCAUAGAAUAAUGAGGUUUACAUGUCUAAAACCUGUUUAAAUAAAAAUGAGUUUUACCUG